AUGUACAAAAAUGUGCUUGCCUACAGAAAAGGUUCAGUAAAAGUCUUUCGUUUCAGGCCUGGUAGCAUUAUAGCAGACUAUCAGAUUGAAUCAACAGACAGCAGCCCCAACAGCCCUGCAUUUGCAGAAGCAAACACACAGCUCAUCAGCGUUCUCAAAGAUCAAGGAAUCACUGUAGCUCCGAAUGCUUUUGCUCAAAGUGAACAAAAGAUAUUGUCCACAGCAAAAAAUUGGUAUCCAGAGCAAAAUAUGGUGCUGAAAUGCGAACGCCUAGACUCAGGUACAAUGAGAUGGACAGUGAAUGACCAAGAUCCUGCACAAAACAAAGUUAAAUACGUAAUUUCAGAUGACAGUACCACUCUCACUGUGAACAACGUCAAUGAGAAUGACAAAGGUCGAUAUGCAUGUAUCAUAGACAGGACAAUACCUUACAUUCAAUGGCAAGAUAUAGUUAUUGAAACACUUCCCAAUAUCAUAGUGGGUGAAAAUGUAAGAAAGUUUCAGUGUGUUGACCAGACUGUUUCACUGAAAUGCUGUGAAGAGAAGUACAGUGUGGAGUGGACCCAGAUAACCUCUGAUGAUGUAGUGACUUCAGAGGACAAAUGCAUCACAUUAAGACAUACAAUCAAAACUGGAAAUUGUGGGAGUAAAACCUUUACAUGUCGACUCAAGGACCCGGUGCUUCAAGGUUUCACCUACAGCAGUAAAAGUGUUAUUGUUAAUAAAGUGAACGCAGUGUUCAGCUGUAAAGAUGCAACAUUUGGGGAUGGACAGGAAGGUGAUACUUUGACAGGACCCUGUGAAAAAGGCAAGGAAGGCACAAUAAAAUAUAGAUGUAGUUCAGGUAGAUGGGUGCCUCAGGAGACAAACUGUAUACUUCAAGUUAUCAAAGGCCUUGAAAAGGAUGCUGCGGUCUUGGUGGUGCAGGACAUACCAGUAUUUGUGGCUCAGCUGAGUACUGCUACAGAGAAUAAUACACAAGUGAUAACACAGUCUGCUGUGACUGUCCAAACCAUUGUUGGAAUACUUGUGAAAGUUUCUGGUGUUUCACAAAACAUUAUCAUCAAUCAGCCGGUGAUGGAGGAUUUCCUUAAAACAGUGGAUAUCAUUGUUUCGACAUCUGCCAUUGAAACCUGGAAUAAAUUAAACAAUAACAACAAGACAGAUAACACCAGCACAGCACUUCUGAAAGCUAUUGAGGAUAUAAGUAACCGUCUCACAAAUGGCAAUUUUAGGAUUAAUGCAACAUCUAUUGAGUUGAAUAGAACUGUAACAAACAGCAACUUUUAUAGUGGAAUAUCGAGUCUGCCAAACUCAACUACUGAGAUCCAGAUACCAGAGAUUCCUUUAUCCACUGCUAUAACCAUCAUAGUCUUCACAACUCUUGACAGUAUCCUACCUACUCGAGAUACUAGAAGUAAAGGCAGUAGCAAAUCAGAUGUGCGCAUCAAUGGAGAUGUGGUUGUGGUAAAAGUUGACAACAAAACGAUUAACAACAUAUCUUUUGCGUUUGACAUUACUAAUAAGUCUUUGGGAAAUCCUCAGUGUGUCUUUUGGAACUUUUAUCUCGAUGCAUGGGAUUCCACUGGAUGUAAAUCAAAGUCCUAUAAAAGUAAAGGGAUUGAAACUGGCAAGAUUACAUGUGAAUGCGACCAUACAACCUCUUUUUCAAUCCUAAUGUCUCCGUUUUCUAUUUAUCAAAUGGCAUCAGCCUGUAUAACUUACAUUGGGGUAGCUUUUUCGAUGGCCAGCUUGAUUAUAUGCCUGAUUAUUGAGACUAUUGUGUGGAGGUCAAUGACAAGAAACGACACAUCCUACAUGCGACAUGUCUCCAUAGUCAACAUUGCCGUGUCUCUGCUGAUAGCAAAUGUCUGUUUUAUCAUUGGAGCCGCAGUCGCAGAAAGUGAGCAGCCAACUUCAGUGGGUCGCUGCAGUCCAGUGGUUUUCUUCAUGCACUUCUUUUACCUGGCUCUUUUCUUCUGGAUGUUAAUGUCAGCGCUGUUGCUCUUUUACCGUACCGUCAUGGUCUUUUCUCAAAUGUCAAGGGCUAAAAUGAUGGCCAUUGCCUUCAUAGUUGGUUAUGGUGCACCUUUGCUCAUAGCGGCCAUUACGGUUGCAUCAACAGCUGGACCUCAAAAUUAUGUUUCCAAAAGAAAUGCAUGCUGGCUGAACUGGUUAGAAUCAAAGGCCCUGCUGGCAUUUGUGGUUCCAGCUCUCACUAUUGUAGCCAUAAACCUUGUGGUUUUGAUUGUGGUUCUGUACAAGAUUUUGAAGAGAGGAGUUGGUGCUGCAACUCAACCAGAUGAGAAAGACGCCCUUGUGGUCAUUGCCAGAUGUGUGGCCAUUUUGACUCCUAUUUGUCUAACAUGGGGAUUUGGAAUUGGAACCAUGGUGUCACAGGAAUUAGGCAAUCGUGUGGUGUUUGCACUCCUCAAUGCACUGCAGGGAUUCUUUAUUUUGGUGUUUGGAACCGUUUUAGACAGCCAGAUCCGUUUGGCUCUGGCAGGAAGACUGUCACUUAGGAACCUUUUCAGCUCUUACAGAACCAGGAAUACCAAUGCACCAUCAUCUUCAAGUGGACAGGAUUUCUUUCUAAGGAGAAUUAGUGAGGGCAACUUAUCUUCAGCCAGCAUUUUCACAACUGCAUCUUCAAACUACUCCUAUUCCUCAGAUUCUUUUAUGAAUGCUUGAUCAGCUACUUAAGUCUUCUUUAAUAAAUGUUAAAUGAUGUUAGCUUUGCCAAAAUAAUUUUCUAACCACUUCAUAAAUGCGGCCUCAGUUUGACCCAUGCGUGGGUCCAAUAUUUUAUCAUCAUUAUUAUGUUAAAAAAAAUCUAUAAGCUGUGGAGCACAAAACUAGACAUAUAUGGUAUCUUUUUAAAGCUCGUGAACCUCAGCU